AUGCUCACUCAACACCCUGACGCGUCUCAACUCCAACAACAGCGCUUGCAUUUGGUUGACAGGACCAUGCAAAGACUGGCUCUGAGUCUUUUAUCCUUCUCUCGUCUAAUUCCUUCUCUCACUUGCCUCACUGUCAUUCAAUAUCACACUCCUACACGACCUGUGCAUUUAUCAUCGUUUGCCACCAAGUUGACGUCUCACAACAGCCUCUUCGAUAUGACAAGCACAGAUUCCAUCGGCGGUUUUCGUUCCACCAGUGAUACUACUGCUGAUAAUGAUGCUCAAAUGGAAGAAACUCUUUUUGGUUUGUUCGGUUGUGUCGCGGACAAACCAGACAUUCAGAACGCGUUGAAUGUCUUGCAAUCGGUCCUUGCUGCUCCUGCUGCAGCUGUCUCUACCGAUGAUACUGAAAUGGAAGUGGAACAAAACUCUACUGCGGAACCCAAUCAAAAUGCAGAGCGACGCUUUGCCCAACACGCCAUUUUGGUGGCCGAAUCCAUGUGUGACAUUGUCAAUGAUAUGAAUCUGCACAAGAAGGAACGAUGGCAAGCCUUGCAGAAACGCGCUGAAUUUUUGCAAAGUGAUGUCUCGGAAGCUAAUGCACUUGCCGUUUCCAUGGUCUUUGGAGCGCUCUCCUUAUUUCCACCCGAAACUGCUACUACUGCAGGUAGCAACAGCAACAACAACAAAAAGAGCAAGAACAAGAACAACCAAAACGACGAAGCCCAAAGUGGCCCAAAGGCAGCUGCUUCCGCCAUGUCUUCCACUACCUCCCGCAACAAAAACUUUCGACACAAGGGACGAAUUAUCGCCAACAAUGUUUUAAAAUCAUUCUUGGUACACUCGAGCUGUAGCGAUACCAUCAAUCUUACUAUUUUGACACACUUUGCCAAGGCCUUUAAGAUCAACCACGAACAAGAUCCUCAGUAUUCCGAGUUGGCGGCCAAUGCCAUUCGAUACUCCUUGCGGCAUGAUUUAGUAGAGGACGGUAGCACAGCCACUACCAUUCUUGUCGAUCCAGCCAAUGAUGCUUCCGAGGAUGUGAAAAAACAACGAGUCUCUUCCGCGCUGGCGUUGGCCUGCCAAAUGGGACCUUGGCCCAUGUUGUCACCUGUUCCACUCAUUGAUAUUGCCAUUGAACUGGAUUAUUGGCAUACAGCCGAACAAGUCUGUAUCAGUGCCUACAAGGCGGCCUCUUCCAAUGUACAAGUGCCCAUUGCAGGAGCCAUUCAAUACAACCAACAAGAGCGAUUGGAGGAAGUCCUAAAAGCCACGGAAGCCUUGAUUGAGACUGCCAUGGAUGCACGGCUGUUUCGAUUGGCCGACAACAUGGCCACCAAGUUGUACGAACAAGGAGGACGAUCGAAAUAUGUAGAAGCAAGACUCUAUCAUGCCUUUGAUACCAUUACCAAGGUCGUCUACAAGCGACAAUUGCCCAUUAUUGAACGCCAGGUGGAUCGAGUGGACAAGGCGGUUGAGAAAUUAAAGAGUGACAUGGCCAAAGAGAGCAAUGACGAGCAAGUAGUACUCGAUGAACAGCAAGUACUGUUGUUGUCAGAUGAAACAGAUUCUGCUCGCAAGCAAAUCAGAAGGUUUGCCUUGAACAAACUUACCGAGGCAGGUGAAGGCGUCGCUGCACAUCGAUUGGCAUCGCUAUGGUCCAUGGAUUAUGUCUACGAUGAAGAAGCUAUACUAGUUGCUGCUGCCGAACGACGGAAACGAUAUCUACAAUGGGACGAGUGUUUGGCUGGAGCAGGAAUUCCCAACCUCUUGUCGGAACCACAAGAGUUACGGACAGCCUUUGAUCGGAUUCGGAACGAUGCUGUCUUUGGGAUUGAUGCCGAGUGGGACGAGGAAACGAUUGGGGCUGGACUCUUUCAAUUUUCUGGUCGCAAUGAAGUGCUCUUGAUUGACAUUCCUGCCUUGUCAUCGACCGAAGAAGGAGUCAAGGCUUUAUCCGAGACGGUAGGUGCUUUGAUGAAUUCCUCGGAGGCAACGGUCGUGGGUUUUUCUCCACGACAAGAUUUGUCACGGCUUCGAGUCAGCAAAUGUGUUUCCACUAAUCAUUGGCUUUCGGGGACUAGAGCCGUGGUAGAUGCUCAGCGAAUAGCUGGAGAAAAGGAGCCCAAGCUUCGCAAAUUGGGCCUGGCUCGAGUCUCCCAGCACUACCUCGGGAAACCAUUGGACAAGGCAGAACAGUGCAGCAUGUGGUCCUCUCGUCCACUUUCGGAGAGUCAACGGAUAUAUGCUGCCCUCGAUGCGUGGACGUGCGUUGCAAUUUAUGAGAAAAUCUAUCCAAAGCGCCAAUAA